UAUCCUUUUUGAAGCGGAUAGUUCACAGUGCUCAUUCUCAAAAAAAGCGGAAAAGCCAUGAUGUUUCCACUCCAUUUUCAUUACGAAGAUGUAUUACGUCAGGAUCUGUUGCUCAAACUGAAUCACGCCAAUGUUAUGGAAGUUCCUGGAUUGUUUGAAAUAAGAUUAGUACCAAAAGCUGCCUCUGAUUUCAGAAUCCAAUUUGGAAAAUUGGCUAUGGAGAUUUUGUGCGGUCAGAGAUUCAUACAGACACAAAGGGGCCCCUAUUUUCAAGCAGGAAAGUCGUUUCGAUCCAAUCCAUUCUUGGGGUCCGAAAAAGACACUGGAUAUGUCAGUGACUUUGCACGACAAAACGUUCUCCGAGGGCAUGGAAUGUACCAUUUUUUGGUCAGAAUCUUUACAGUAAUGUCUAUGUUGGAUUCUCCGGUCGAAAUACGGGAAAACUCCAUCAAAUUCUUUAUGGAAACGGAGUUUUGCGAAUUCUCCCCGGAACUGGAAGAUCAUUUCGAGAUCUUCGAGCAUUUUCGAGGGUUCAAUGUGACUAUUGUCACUUCGGCCAAUACAAAAGAUGAGACUUUACUACUGUGGAGUGGCUUUUUGCUAAAAGAUGAGGGGGAAACUAAGUAA